AUGCCACAUUCUAGUGGCUCUUGGAUUUUGCUUCGGGAAGCUAUUCAAAAAAGCUUCGAGAAGUUAGAAACCAGCGAUUUUUAUUUUGUUGCUAAAACAAAUUCAGAGGAAGACAAAAUUGAGGACGAAUUCAAGUGCAAUAAAUUAGGUAAAAAAGCAUAUGGAGAUUGGACCUUCAAGGAGGUUUUCAAGGGUAUAUAUAAUAAUACUUUCAAUUCUAUCAGUUUAAUGCCAACAUUCGAAAUAGAAGAAGUAGAAGUUAAACUCGAUGGAAACUGUGGGUAUAGUGUUUUAGAUUAUGAUGUCUAUAUGCAAAAAAUUACUGUUUUAGUGACAGAAGCUAAACCACAUGAAAGUGAAAAGGCUGUUAUACAAACUCUAGUACAAAUUCAUAGUGUUACAGAAUUAUUACUGAGCAAGCGAAAAUGA